GAGAUUGAGCCCCGCAUGCAGAUUGCCAUCAUUCACUUGGCCAUGGAGAUCUCACAAGCUCUGGCCUUGGCCUCUCUCCUCCUCUUCACAUGGCUGCUCUUCCAUUUGCUCUCCUACCAAGCUCCUCCCAAGAACGCCAAUGGCCGAGCCCGCCGGCGCAUCCCGAGCCCGCCGGCCCUCCCCGUCAUCGGCCACCUCCACCUCCUCCAGAAGCCGCUGCACCGCUCCCUCGCCGCGCUGGUGGCGCGCUACGGCGACGGCUCCGGGCUCCUGCUCCUUCGGUUCGGCGCCAGGCCGGUGGUGUUCGUCUCGUCCCGGGCCGUCGCCGAGGAGUGCUUCACGGCGCACGACGCCGCGCUCGCCGACCGCCCGGGGCUCGCGUCGCAGCGGCUGCUCACCGACGGCUGCCCCACCAUCGCCACCGCCCGGUACGGCCCGCGGUGGCGCCACCUCCGCCGCGUCGCCACCGUCCACGCCCUCUGCGCGCGCCGCCUCGCCGCCACCUCCCCCGCGCGCGACGCCGAGGCGCGCGCCAUGGCGGGCAGCCUCUGGCGCCGCAGCUCGUCGUCGUCGGCGUCGGCGGUCGUCGUCAGCGUGAAGUCGGCGGCGUACGACUUCGUGGCCAACGUGAUCAUGUCCAUGGUCGCCGGCAAGCGCAUGGCGGACGACGACGUGCUCCGGUUCAAGGCGCUGACCGAGGCGGCGCUCGCGGCGGCGGGGGCGGCCAACCGGCAGGACUUCCUCCCGUUCCUCCGGGUGCUCGACCUCGGGAGAGUCAACCGGAGGCUCGCCGGCAUCGCCAAGGAGCGCCACGACUUCGGCCAGCGCAUCAUCGACGAGUACAGACGCCGCCACCUCGCCACCGCCACCACCACCUCCCCGUCGCCGCCGCCGCCGCCUAGGACAGUCGUCGGCGACCUGCUCCGGCAGCAGGAGAGCUCGCCGGAGUCGUACUCCGACGACGUCAUCCGCACCGUCUGCUUGAGCUUGCUACAAGCCGGAACGGACACGUCAGCAAGCACGAUCGAGUGGGCGAUGGCCCUCCUCCUCAACAACCCGGAGGCGCUCAGGAAAGCGACGGCCGAGAUCGACUCCGCCGUCGGCGACUCCCGCCUGGUCCAGGAGUCCGACCUCGCCGGCGGCCGCCUCCCCUACCUCCGGUGCGUCGUCGCGGAGACGCUCCGGCUGUACCCGCUCGCCCCGCACCUCGUCCCGCACGAGGCGUCGCGAGACUGCGCCGUCGCCGCCGCCGCCGGCCACGUCGUCGUCCCGCGGGGGGCGAUGGUGCUGGUGGACGUGUACUCUAUGCAACGAGACCCUCGUGUGUGGGAGGAACCGGAGGAGUUCAUCCCGGAGAGGUUCAUGGGCUGCGGAGACGACGCCGCGCGGUGGAGGAUGAUGUCCUUCGGGAUGGGGCGGCGGAAGUGCCCCGGCGAAGGGCUCGCCGUCCGGACCGUGGGGGUGGCGCUGGGGGCCAUGAUCCAGUGCUUCCGGUGGGAGCGGGUGGGGAAGGAGGAGGUGGACAUGAGCGAGGGGUCCGGGCUGACCAUGCCCAUGGCCGUGCCUCUCACGGCCGUGUGCCUGCCGCGCGUGGAGAUGAUGCCUCUGCUCAAAAGUCUCUAGGGCUCCUUUUUUUCUUGAAAAUGUUACAGUAUAUGACUUAGUUUGUCAUGCCAAAUAAUCAUUUUGUAUAAUCGUUUCGACCUAACAGUUAACUAUAUGGUUAGCACUUCUCUCCUCAGUCCUAACUGUUCCCUCCAUUUUUGAAAAAAGAAAAGCAAUUUCUAUGUACAGUGUCUAUGUUCGUAGACAGAAAUUGAUCUA